AAUGCUCAAUACCUUUCCAACUUUUGAGUUGAGCGGCUGCUGGCCCGCGUCGUUUAUCAUAAUAAAUUACGAAAAUAUAAAAGUCGAAUUUCGGAGCUCGGUCUGUGCGGUCUGUUUAUGUUGCGUCGCCCUCAUCGAAACGGUCGUACCGGUGUUUAAGAUACUUUCGUCGUAAAACACAAAUAUUUUUCGAGUUUUUCACAUUUUAAUCGAGUGUGCGCCCAAAAAAUGUUUCGCCCAAUGCAAGGCAAAGUGCGGCCAAGCCUCGCUUGUAAUUAAACAGAAAGAUACGGAUACAGCCGAACAGCGAGCAAACAAGUAUCUGUAACUGUAAACAAGUUAAAGACGAACGCGUCUGAGUGCAAGUGUGUGAGUGUGUGUGUGCAUCUGAGAGUGUCGCAAUCCCGCAACAAAUUGCAAGCAACAAUCGAGCAACCUACAACAUGCAGUUUUGGAUAUCUUUGACAUUUGCCGUGAUCUUGGCUUCUAUCGGCUGCAGCAGUGGCAGCAGCCUGGCAACAGUUACGGCCCCGACUACGGCCGCAUCGCUACCUGCUGUGCAGAGGUUCCGCAUAACGCCGCACGAUCUGCAAAUACUCGAGGGCACGGACACCCUCCUGCGCUGCGAAGUGUCCGCCCGAGCUGGGAAAGUGCAGUGGACCAAGGACGGCUUUGCACUCGGGUUUUCAGCGGUCAUACCCGGAUUUCCUCGCUACUCGGUGCUGGUGGAUGCCCAGCACGGUAUCUACAAUUUGCAGGUGAAGAACGCCAGUCUGGAGGACGAUGCGGAGUAUCAGUGCCAGGUGGGACCUGCUGCUGGAAAUCCAGCUAUUCGAGCCAACGCCAAGCUAAGCAUCGUGGCCGCACCCAGUAGCAUUGUCAUCGAGGGCUUUGCCCGGAACGCCAAGGUGGAGGUUGUGGAGAGACAAAACCUGACGCUGCACUGCAUCGCCGAGAACGCCAAUCCGGCGGCGGAGAUUGUCUGGUACCAGGGCGAAGUACCGAUUACAAUGGUUCCCAUUGUCUCUGUGAAUCAGACGUCUCCCAAACGAUUUACGACCAGUUCGACACUGCAUCUGCAGCCACGAUCCGAUGACGACUACAAGGAGUACUCCUGCGAGGCCCGUCACAAAGCACUGCCCCCCGACGUACCCAUGCGAGCCCAGGUCCAGCUUUCUGUGCUGUAUCCGCCCGGUCCACCAUUCUUUGAGGGUUACAGUCAAGGUGAGAGCCUCCAUCGGGGGCAGGAAAUGCAAAUCGCUUGUCGCAGUCGCGGCGGUAAUCCUCCCGCACAGCUGGUGUGGUAUCGGAAUGGUGUGGCCAUCAACUCGCCACAGCGCACCUCAGGACGUCUGUCGGAGAGCGUGUACAAGUUCACAGCCUCGGCCGAGGACAAUGGGGCGAAUUUGGUGUGUGAGGCAAAGAAUCUACUGGCAACUUCACCCCUGCGCGCCGAACUCAACCUGACGGUCUUGUAUGCACCCAAGGAUGUUUACCUGAGUGGCGCCAACCGAGCCAAGGUCGGCGACUCUGUGGAACUUGGAUGCGUGACGGCUCCCUCGAAUCCGCCGGCCCGCAUUAGCUGGUCUAUGAACGGCCGCCCACUGGUUAAUGGCACUUACAAGACGACCAGCAGCUCCGACGGCGGCUGGGUGAGCAGCUCCAACAUCAGCCUGAGCAUCGACUCCCAGAGUCGCACCUUCACUGCCGUCUGUCAUGCCUUGAACACAGAACUCACCCAGAACGUGGUUGGCUCCCACACCGUAAAUGUAUUAUACGCUCCAUCACCACUCUUGUUGACGGGCUACAACGAUGGCGACAUACUCAUCGCCGGAUCCAUACUGAAACUGCAAUGCAGCUCCGCCGGCGGCAAUCCGCCGCCCACACUCCAGUGGUACAAGAACGACAAGCGCGUGAACGGACCCGCCAAGGUGGUGGACAGCAAGAUAGUCUCCGAGCUGUCGCUCUUGGUGAAUGCCUCCGACAACAAUGCUAUCUACAAGUGCGAGGUCCAGAACGCAGCCAUUGACAUACCGCUCUUUGCCACCAAGACGUUGGGUGUCCAUUUUCCCCCCGAGACUGUCAAGAUCAGUGUGGCGCCAGAAAACCUGGUACCCGGCAUCCGCGCAAAACUCAUCUGCGACUCCAGCUCCAGCAAUCCGCCAGCCAAGAUAAGCUGGUGGAAGGAUGGCAUUCCCGUCGAGGGUCUCAACCUAGCCAACAAGCCAGGCCUCUGGGGCGGAUCGGUUUCGACCCUGGAGAUGUAUGUGAACAUCACCAAGGAUCUCGAUGGUAUAAUCUAUACGUGUCAGAGUCACAGCGAGGUCUUGCAACGGAGCGUGCACGAGACCAUCAGCUUGGAUAUUCUCUAUCCGCCCAAGUUCGAGGGCUCUCAGACGACCACCUUCGUGGGUGUUGAAGGUGCCCCCUUCCAUGUGGAGCUUGUCGGCAGCGGUAACCCCAUGUCGAUCAGCUAUACCUGGACCAAGGAUGGUCUGCCUAUUACCACCAAUAAGCUGAGCGGACAGCGAUUGAUCUCCGAUGGACCGCGUCUGAAUAUAAGUCGGCUCAGUCGAAAUGAUGCGGGUGUUUAUAUCUGCGAGGCGCUUAAUAGUCAAGGAACCUCUCUGCAGGAGAUCCAAGUGGCUGUAGAAUAUGCCCCCACCAUCAGCUCGGUCAGUGAGGGUCAGAGCUACAUGGCCGGCCAGCCAGCGGUUUUGGCCUGCCACAUCCAAGCGCGUCCACUGGAUGCCUCUCAUGUUCGCUGGACAAGGGAUGGCUAUGACCUCAGUUCUCGCACCACCUCUAGUUUCGAGAACGGCACAGCUCUGCUGCAGAUUGCAAGUGUGGAGCGCAGCGACAUCGGGAACAUCACGUGCAUCGUGGACAACAAGCGGGGACCACCAGCCGCGGAGAAUGUACUCCUAGUAGUGCAAACUGCCCCGGAGAUAGACCAUACGCCCGCCUUCACCCGCUAUGCAGCUCGCCUCGGAGUCAGGGCGCAGCUCAUUUGCCGAGCCCUAGCGUCCCCCCAGCCCAGUUUUAUUUGGCGGCGACACGGCAAGGACCUGAAGAUGCAGCGCCGCAACAAGUUCAAAACCCUGGACCGUCAAGUGGAUGCCCUGAACUACGAGUCUGCCUUGCUUAUUGAGAAUACCUCAGCGGAUGACUACGGGCAGUACGAGUGCGUGGUGCGCAACGCCCUGGGGCAGGCGAGUACAACACUAGAAUUCAGUAAACCCAGCCGGCCAGACACUCCCCUGCAGUUGAGGGUGGGAAAUGUCUCCGACACGGGAGUGGAGCUGAUGUGGAGUCCAGGCUUCGACGAAGGCAUGCAGACCUACUACCGAUUGCGCCUGAAGCAGCACGGGGAGGACAAGUACAAGUAUGUCGACGCCAAGCCUGGCAACCUGAACAUCACGCUGGAUGGCCUCAAGCCAGGCGCCACCUACUACAUCUCCGUAAUGGCGGCGAAUGAGGCUGGAGGUAGCAAAUUCAUGCCCGACAUUAAGCUCUCCCUCAGCAAGGGUUCCCAGCCCCAUUCCGCGGAGUACACGGAAAAGGACGAGUUGCCUAAUGUCAUGAUCAUCGGCAUCACGUCGGCGGCCAUGGUGCUGCUGGUCCUCAAUGCAGCCCUCGUUGCUUGGUUCGUGAUACGGCGCCAGAACAAGUCCCAGGGCGAAGCGGAGCCCAGCAACGAUGAUGUCUACUCCAAGGACGACAACCAGUCAGUCUAUAAGCUGCCCAUCACUGCUUUGCAGGCGGAUGUACAGAAGAAGGCGGCCGCAUCGACCUAUCUGGUGGAGAACGUGGACAUUAUCCAGUCGACGGCGUAUCCUCCCAAGUACCAGGAGAGCUCCAUGUGCACACCCCACUAUCCAAUGUGCAACCUGGACUUCACGCGAACACUGCCAAACCCCAAGCGGCAUAGCCAACGCAACAGUGCCACUGGCAUGAUUGACGGAAUGCCCAUGCGCUCCAAGGAUGACCAUAUGCUGAUCUCGAAUGGUCUGUACAUACCAUCGCCGUCGCCGGCCUCCUCGCUGGUGAUCAAGGGCAGCUACAUAUCGUCACUAUCGCCGGCGCCACCAGCCGAUGGCUCCUACUUUAACAUGAGUGACAAAUACAUGUCCUAUCCUCCAGUGACCUACUAGGCUAUGCAGAGCGUCAAAGACGGCAACACUCCAACCAAACCCAGCCAAACCCAGCUAGACUGAUUGACAUACAUCAAACAUAAUUACCACACAGAUCUGGACUUCGUAUGAUAGAAGCAUUUGGUUUGUUUGGUUGUUGGCUGUUGCAGGUUUUAUUGCAUUUUGUAUUGGAUUUUAUUAUAUAUUAUUUUUAUUUUAUUUUUAUAAUUAUUACUAUAUGACGUUGAUUAUUACGGAGCGCAAAUGGAGGAAACAUGUUGAAUGUGUUUUGGAAAAAGACAUUUGCAUGCGGCGCUCGAAGGCUGUGAUCAGUACCUGGAUACGUUGGCAUCACCAAUCACAAACCGAGAUACUCAGAGAACACGCAAGCCACACGUCCGCCACGUAACCAACUCUGAGUCCCGGGCCCGAACAUCAAUCUUGGGCCCUGGCUAUUGGUUUGGCCAUGGGGCAGGUGCGCCAACCCGCUCUACAAAAAUGCUUGCCCUCCAACACCCCAUUUAACCAGAAACCCCCAACCAAAAAACCAACAACCACAACAGCAGCAUUGGUAGAAACAAAACAAAACGAAAACAAAAACAACAGAACACUCUCAAAAUAUUAUUUUGUAGUACGUUUUAUCGAUAUUAAGUAGUAGGAAUUACGCAUUUUAGCAUCUAGCAUAAAUAUUAACGAGUGUGCUGAGUCGUGACUCAUUCUCAUUAGCAGUUGUUCAAAUUUAAGCUAUAGGACAUACCGAUAUCUAUCUACUUAUGAACAUAUAAACACACAUAUACACCAGGCCCGAUAAGCGUAAACGAUUUUCAACGAAGUCCGAUUCGAAAUCACCAAACCAGAAUAAAACGAAACUUCAAUUAAGUAACAGAAAAUAAAUUACAACUUUAAGCGUGAUUUUUGAUAGACCUAAGACUCGUUAUAUAUAUCGUAAUGUAUUUAAAAUAUACGUAUUUACACAAACCAAUCCCACGACUUUCCUUUUAUCAUGCAUGACAAUAAAUUAUAUACAUGAUAACGAAGGAUGAUCCGAGCACGCGUGAGCGCCAAAAAUUAUGCUAAAGAAAUCUACGAAUACAAAAACCGAUAAACAUGUUAAUUACAAACUAGACUUCAACGAGCAUUUGCAUUUAAAUCGAAAAAAAA